UUACAUAUUCAACGUCAUCAUCAAUAUAAAAGUUUGAUGCAAAUACCGAUAACAAUUGUACGAAUAAGAUUGCCGAUAAAAAAUAUUGUACUAUCAACAACAACAACAACAAUAACGACGAGUAUGACGACGACGACGACGACAACCAUGAUAAUGAUUAACAAUACUAAUGCAUUGACAUUACGUUAUAUGAAUAUAAAACAAUGUUUCAAUGUCAGCGCCGAUUUUAUUGCCAAAAUUAUGAUCAAUCAUUCUCAUCACUAUCAUCAUAGUGAUGGCGUUGAAAACGAACCGAAUGAACAACAUCAUCAGAAAUCAUCAUCAUUGAUUGUUGUUCAUGAUAACAAAGCAUUAGUUGAAUGAAAAUUGGAAUUUUUUUUUUCUUCAGGAAUAAUGGCAUUCAUACAUAUAUUAUUAUUAUUUUCGCAUCAAACAUAAUGGGUCAUAAAUCACCAAAUUUUUCGAUUGAAUUAAUUGAGAAAAAAAAAUCAUAUAAUCAUUGAAUUUAUUGAUCACACGCGUGUUGCGAAUUAUACAUUUUUUUUGUAUGAUUUAAUUGAAUUAAAUUUUUUCCCAUUAACGCGUGCACGAUAUGAAUAGAUAGAAACAAAAAAUUCUAAAUUCAAAUGAAAAAAUUUAGAUUCGAAAAACAGCGUCAUCUAUUAGUAAAAGAAAAGAAAAUUCUUUGUCAACACGUUUGCAACAGAAUUCUGAUAUUUGUAAUAAUUCUAUAAAUGAUGAAAAUCGAUUCUUUUAUCGUAAAUAAAAUUAUAAAAAUUUAUAAAAAUGUCAAAUCAACCAAAUGACAAAUCGCCAAAAUCCACGUUGUCAUCCAGAUCAUUGAUGUCGACGUCUACAAUUCGUCGUUCGUUGACACCCGAAAAAUUGGCUCAAAGUAAUUGUUCACAAUGUUAUUUACUUCGUGCUAAAAUUCAAUCUAUGGAUCAAUCAUCCAUAUUCUCAACAUCAUCACAACAUUCUUCACGAUCCCAAACACCGGAUUCAGUCAAUUGUUCGGAUCAUCGAUCUUUAUCAUCCACGCCUACCAUACCAUACCACAAUCAUUCAAUAGCUGGCAAGUUACCACGAGAUUCUUCUCCUUCAUCUUGGUUAUAUCGUCGAAGAGAUCGUCGCACUGGUCGAAUAAUGAUGCCAAAUAUCAAACAGACGAUGACAAGUACCAAAGAAAAUCCUUCUAAGACAUCAUCGAUUACAUUAUCACGAAAUAAAAAAUCCUUAAUUCAUCCUGGAGAGUAUUUAUUUGAAGAAGAUUUAGAUUCAACCAUUGAAACUGAAAUCGAUGAUCUGGAUUCAACCAUACUAUUAUCGACUCUUACUAAAAAUGACCAAUCUUCAUCCAAACAAAAGUCAAAGACAGAAGAAUAUAUGUCAGUGGUUGAAAAACAGCUGACAGCCAUUCAAAUUUGGCUUGAUAAUCAUCAUGUGACUAGACAAAUGAUGAUACUGUUAAAGAAACCAGAAUUUUUAUUUUCAUUCUAUUUUAUAGAAUGUUUCAUUCUAUCUUUUUUGUGGUUCAAUCGAAUCCAGCCAAAAGAAUUCAUUGACGAACAAUUUCAUCGUGGACAAACACUUUCUUAUUGCCAAGGCAAUUUCACAAAGUGGGAUGCAAAAAUUACUACACCACCUGGUCUAUAUUUAAUAGCAACGAUGGUAUUGAAACCUAUUGAUUUAUUACUUUCAAACACGAAUGGAUAUUGCCAAUCAUUGGCUGCACUUCGUUUUAUAAAUAUUUUAUUUUCAUUGGGAAAUUUCAUUUUAUUGUAUAAAAUUUUAAACCAAAAUUUGUCUGCCAAUAACGAAGUUGUCGAACGUCAAGUUUUGAUCUUGACAAAAUUAUCAUCUUUUAUUGUCAUUCAUUUACCGCCGAUGUUCAUGUUUACUUUUUUAUACUACACUGAUUCUGGAUCAAUAUUCUUUACACUUCUUAUGUACUAUUAUCAUUUAAAUCAAAAAAAUAAUUGGGCAUCAUUUAUUGGUUUUAUAUCGCUUUGGUUUCGUCAGACUAACAUUAUAUGGAUAUUUUUUCUUGCUUCAAUUACAGCUAUAAAUAUUUUUGCUGAAUCUUAUAGCCAAUAUUAUGAUUAUAAAAAGUUACAAUUUGAAUUCGGAUCGAUAAAGAUGCGUUUUCGUUUGCAUCAACAUCAGCUCUCUCAUCCAUAUUAUUUGAUUUGUUUUCUAUUGGAUUGGAUACUUCAAAUUUUUCGACACUGUUACGGUUACAUCCUGAAUGGUUUGGCUUUUCUUACUUUCAUCUAUCUUAAUCAAGGAAUUGUAUUGGGCGAUCGAAAUGCCCAUCAGGCCGUUCUACAUUUGGCUCAAAUUCCAUAUUUUCUAACUUUCGUGUUUUUAUUUGCAUGGCCUUGGAUUUUAACACGAAAUAAUUUGUUACGAAUUUUCCGACAAUUCAUCUCUAAACCAUCUUGGUUCUUAUUGAUAGCCAUUCUUUUAGCUAACUGUCUAUCACCACCAUUCACUUAUGAACAUCCAUACUUAUUGGCUGAUAAUCGUCAUUAUGUUUUUUAUCUUUGGAAACGAUUCUGGUAUCGAACAGAUCGACCAUGGACUCGUUAUUCUCCGUUACCAUUAUAUAUAAUAACAGCCGUAUCAAUGUGGAAUCUGUUUAAUCUCAAUUGUUUAAAUUGGUCAUCAUCAAAUAAUUAUUUAGAAGAUUCUAAAAAGUCGAUUCGAAAUGCAUUCGAGAAUAUUCGAAAAAUAGUAUUUUUUAUUCUACUAACCAUCGUCAUCAUACCACAACGUUUGAUUGAAUUUCGUUAUUUCAUCACUCCUUAUCUGUUUUGGCGUUUGCAUAUUAUCGAUCGAGAAGCAUGUAUGAUCACUCGAUUAAUAUUGGAAUUAUUUUGGAUAACCUGUUUGAAUUUGGCUACACUAUUAAUUUUUAAUUUUAAAACCUUUCCAUAUGGAGAGGAAAAUUUGAUUCAAAGAAUAAUUUGGUAAACUUUUCUUUUAAUUGAAAAAAUUUUUUUCGAAUAAAAAAUUUAUU